AUGCUCCCCCUCCUCCUCCUCCUGCUGCUCCCCCUCCCCCUCCUCCCCUUCCUCACUCUCACAACUGCCAUCACUCUCCCAAUAACUCAACGUCGUUCACCACGUAUAGGCACUUCAUUCCACAGAGGAACAAUCAACGCAGCAUCAUCACCCUCAAACGACACAGAAUCCGUAUCAACAGAUGCAGACCUCGUAUAUAUCGCAGAUAUCGACAUUGCAGGCACUUCUCUCCCAGUACAGAUCGAUACAGGCAGUAGUGACUUAUGGGUACAACCGCCCUCUCCCCUAUCAAGUAUAACCCAAUCCACAGUAUUCAUAAACAUGUCAUACGGAAUCGGGUACACAGCAGGCCUCGUAGCCCAAGCUUCCGUAUCCUUCGCCUCCUACACCCUGCCCCAACAAGCCUUCAUCCUCGCUUCCUCCGCCUCCAACCCCAUCUUCUCCUACGGCGCAGUCGGCAUCGUCGGCCUCGGGUUCACAUCUCUUUCCCAGAUCGACUACAGCGUGAACGCGACUGGUGCCAGUUGGGGCAGGUCACUGCUCUACAACGCCUUUGCGCAGAAACCGGGAGAUCCGAAUUUUAUCAGUUUUGUUCUUCAGAGGAGUGAGGACCCGAGUGAUGUCACACAGGGCAGUCUGACAAUAGGGGAGUACGUACCGGAGUACAGUAACAUCCAGGCUGGAGCGAAGCUUUCUACUGUGCCCGAGGUCGAGCCCAGUCGCUGGCAGAUAGGGCUCGACGCCAUCGAGACUUCUGGGGGGAACAUCACUGGGCUGAGCUCCAUCUCCCCCCAAGCGCCUGCAGGGAAACUCGUAGCCCUCCUAGACAGCGGCACUUCCUACGCCUACGUCACCCCCCAGAUCGCGCAAUCCAUCUACGGCUCCAUAGACGGAGCGUCACUCGACUCCUCAAGCCAGACGUGGACACUCCCCUGCUCUGCACAAGUGACACUAGCGUUCUGGUUCUCUGGCCAACGUGUCUAUGUCCAUCCACUCGAUUCCAACAGGCAGCAAGCGGACGGCUCCUGCAUAGGCACCUUCCUCCCCCAGUCUCUAGCCGUAGGAGGAGCAUACGACAUCCUCCUAGGGGACGUCUUCCUCCGAAACGUCUACUCGCUGUACGACUUCGGGGAUACCUCAGCGUCGGGCACGAGCGUGGGAGGGCCGUAUGUCCAGUUACUGGGGAUAACGGGCGAGCUCCAGGCGUUGCAGGAGUUUGUCGCUGUUAGGGGAGGGACGGUGCCUGCUAGUGUUGCCCAGGGAACGGAUACGACUACUGCUUCGGGCUCGCAAUCUACUGGGGUGCCAAGUCCUGGUAGCUCGGGCAGUUCCGGCAGUUCCGGCUCCUCCAGCUCCGGUAGCUCAGGCUCCGGCAGCUCGGGCUCAGGUUCAGGAUCGAGCACAAUCUCAGCAGCCGACCAAUCCUCCAUCAACAUCAGCAAACUGCUGGACUACGUCCCUGCCCUCCUGGGCCUCCUUGCGCUGAACACCCUCUUCCUGGUGUUACUCCUCGUACUCGGGGUUUGGGCGGUCUUGAGGUGGAAACGAGCGGCUGCGGGAGGGGCGGCAGCCGGAGCUGGGGGAGCCGGAGCCGGGGGAGGAGGAGGAGGAGGGUAUAAGCCCGUCAAGCUACAUACCGGGACUAGGGAGACGUACGACCCUGAAGCGCCGUACAACGCUCAAACCCAGAACCGCAGUACAGAGGAAAAGGCCGCCGACGCCCACGCGGAUAGGCACGGGCAGGGGGACGCACCCCUCUCGGCUCUGUCGGCUCUGGACCCACCUAGACUCCCGUUUGAGAUUAGGCAGAGCGUGUUCGACCCUAGGCUGUCGGUUUUCCAGACGAGGUCGAGUGGGUCUUUGGACAAGGUUUCACUGCGCUCCGGUUCUGGUACUGGUACUGGUUCUGGGUCGGGGAAGCAUGCGGGUUCGGAUGGGGAUGGGGAUGCAGAUGCGGAUGCGGAUGCGGAUGGGGAUGCGGAUGCGGAGGGCAAGAGGCCAACGACCCCUCUAAGCGCUGGGACGACACUUGUCCCUUCUAGCGCGGUAGACAACAGGCUCAGUAUGAUCCCCAGUGUAGGACCGAUCGACGAGCUCGGGGGCUCUUCCCCAGAAGACGCAGAGCCCGACGCAGCGCUCCCCGCUCACGCUCGCGCUACUGAGAGGGAUAGCCUGCUCCUCCCCCCUCUUUUUCCAUUCUCUGACCAUGGGGGAAAUCGUUCGACCCUGCCUGGGCUGCCUGCCUUACCCCUCAGUAGGCCGAGUAGCAUGCUCGCCCCCCUGGUGGGAGACCCGGCGGUCUUGCUCGCCACCUCUUCGCCGGACCGGAACAGGCUCGGGAGCGCUGGGAGCGCUGGGCUCGAGCCUCCUCGACCUUUCGCUAGCCGCUCGCCCUCCCCCUCCUCCGUCAACAACCCCGCCAACCCAAACCCAGGGCCGGGGCCGACGCAAGCGCUCAUCACCCUCCAAACUCCCGAAAAAGAACAUUUCCUCCUCCCCAGCCAUGGGCGGACUGACAGUCUCAGCCAGCUCCCGCCCCUCCCUCUCAGCAGGCCGGGGAGUAUCCUCCUCCCUAGCAACUCCGACCCGCAGAUCCAGAUCGGGGAUCGGAGGCUGAGCAGGCUCGACCCUCCCCCUCCAGGCCGAUACGCCAACCCUAGCCAAAGGCGGGGCAGUUCUAGCAGUGUCGAGCGCUCUCCGUCCCCCUCUCCAUCACCUACGACCUCCUCAUUCCCUAACCUCAACCUCCGCGCUAGCGUCAUACACGCUUCUUCUGCCCCUCCCCCUCGCCCCGCACCCCCAGGGAGAGCUGGACCCCCCCGCCCGCUGAGCUUGGUCGACUCCGGCGCUGCUGGACCUCCGAGGCCUAGGAUCCUCUCCCCGCGUAUUGCAGACCGGCCGACGAGCAUGUUCGACACUACGCCGGCCUUGCAGCCUCCGCCCGCGAGCCUGCGAGGUUCUCGCUUGUCGAGAGCGAGCUAUGUCCCUCCUUCGGCUUCUGCCACGGCUGGGGACAUCUCCCCAACCCGUGGGUACCAGCUUCGGGACGGGCCCGUCCCUAGCCCCAAUCCCAAUCCCAGUCCUAGUUCAGCUUCUACCCCCGGCAGCGGAACCACCAGCGCCGAUCCGAGCCCGACGUUUCCUCCCGGGCUUCGGGCGAGCCAAGCGAACCGUAUCCCAUCUCGAUCUCGCUUAGCACAGCCGUCCUUCAUCCCUGAGCAGGACGACCUUAGUCCUGUUGACCUCCAAACUCCUACCGAUAACAAUAGGAGGGCGACGAUGUUCCUCCCUCCUCUGCCACGUUCACGCCCUGGGUCGUACUAUGACCCGUAGAGCGGAGGACUUGACGGAGGACGCACUUCAUCCACCCCAUACGACCGUAGCACCAGAUCUAUCCCUCUUUUACUUUAUUGUCUGAUAUCAUGGACUCGAGAUGUACAAUUUGCUCGCUAGCGAGCUACGCUUUCUUUUU